AUGAUUCGAAGAUAUUGUUUAUGCUUCCUUCCGGCAGAAAAACCAGAAAACAGCUUGAGCGAGAAUAGAGAUUAUCCAUGGGAACUAUACUCUCUCAAGGAGCUUCUUCAUGCAACAAACAAUUUUCACAAUGAUAACAAGAUUGGUGAAGGCGGGUUUGGAAGUGUUUAUUGGGGUCAAACAAGUAAAGGCAUCCAGGUAGCUGUAAAACGAUUGAAGGCAAUGAGUGCAAAAGCAGAAAUGGAAUUUGCAGUAGAAGUAGAGAUACUUGGAAGGGUGAGGCACAAGAACUUACUGGGUUUAAGGGGAUUUUAUGCCGGUGGAGAUGAAAGGUUAAUUGUAUAUGACUACAUGCCUAAUCAAAGCUUGAUUACCCAUCUCCAUGGCCACCUAGCUGCAGAUUGUUUACUUGAUUGGCCUCGAAGGAUAAGUAUUGCCAUUGGAUCAGCAGAGGGACUAGCGUACUUGCACCAUGAGGCUAAUCCUCAUAUAAUUCAUAGGGACAUCAAGGCUAGUAAUGUGCUUCUUGAUGCAGAAUUUCAAGCAAAGGUUGCUGACUUUGGUUUUGCAAAGUUGAUUCCAGAAGGCGUUUCACAUGUAACCACUCGAGUGAAAGGAACUCUUGGAUACUUAGCACCUGAAUAUGCCAUGUGGGGAAAAGUUUCAGAGAGUUGUGAUGUCUAUAGCUUUGGAAUCUUAUUAUUAGAGAUAAUCAGUGCAAGAAAACCAUUAGAAAAGUUGCCUGGUGGAGUAAAACGUGAUAUAGUGCAAUGGGUUACACCAUAUAUUCAAAAAGACGCAUUUGAUCAUAUAGCAGAUCCUAAGUUAAAAGGUAAAUUUGAUCCAGAUCAAUUAAAAUUAACAAUUAUGAUCGCGAUGAAAUGUACGAAUGGCAAUCCUGAAAAUCGACCUAGCAUGAUAGAGGUUGCGGAAUGGCUGAAGAGUAGUAAUAGUCUCAGUAUGAAGAUAACAAAAGAGGUGGUCAAUGUUGAAGAAAAAAUCACUGAACAAGAUGUUAAAGAUUAUUAUGAUGAAUCUGACAUAGAUUUUGAAGUAUUUGAAACAAAUCAUUUUAAAGUGAGAAGAUCCAAGAAGGAUGAUAUAUAA